AUGCAGUGCAGCACAGCAGUGUCGACCUCCUUUUCGGCUUCCACAGCCCCGGGUGAGGUGGCAGAGGACCCGCCUCCGGCCGAUUUCAUGAGCAUGGCCUGGGGUGCCUGGGGCUUCAUGAUGAGCAACGGAGGGUUGGUCCUUCUCGUCGCUGUGAUAGUUCUUUGCUGCUGUUUCUGCUGCCUGUUGCGCAGUUGCUGUCGGAGGGGUAGCUGCUGCUGGUGCUGCUGUUGGGGUGGCCGCCAGAAGCCUAUGUAUGCUCCAUAUUGCUGGCCUCCUCAGGCUGUGGGCGCUGUACCACUUCCGAUGGAGGGGGUGGGCUAUGCAGCCCCGCCGCAUGUGCUGUGGCAGCACCGCAAGAGCAUGCAGGGCCCGGGCCCAAUGACCAGCCCUGUGCCAUUGCCUCCGCCGAUCUCUUCUCCUUUGGUGCAUGAUCGUGCCUGUAUAAGAGCAUCAGCGCGCACUCGGCAAAUCUGA